GUGGGCGCAACUCCGCGCGGCGCGGACUGGAGGCGAGGGGGCUGCGCCAGGCCCGAAGCCGAGGCGGGGCUGGGCCGCCCCCGCCGCGCCCACCCUCCCUCCUGGGAUGCGGUGCUGAAGCCCAGCAUGGCCGGCCCGGGCCCCACCUUCCCGCUGCACCGGCUCGUCUGGGCGAACCGGCACCGCGAACUGGAGGCCGCGCUCCACAGCCGCCAGCACGACAUUGAACAGGAGGACCCCCGGGGGCGCACUCCCCUGGAGCUGGCUGUGUCCCUGGGGAACCUGGAGUCCGUGAGAGUGCUCCUUCGACACAAUGCCAAUGUGGGCAAAGAGAGCUGCCAGGGCUGGGCAGUCCUGCAGGAGGCAGUCAGCACUGGGGACCCAGAGAUGGUACAGCUGGUGCUGCAGUAUCGGGACUACCAGAGGGCCACACAGAGGCUGGCCGGCAUUCCAGAACUGCUCAACAAGCUCCGCCAGGCCCCCGAUUUCUACGUGGAGAUGAAGUGGGAGUUCACCAGCUGGGUGCCUCUCGUGUCCAAGAUGUGCCCAAGUGACGUGUACCGCGUGUGGAAGCGGGGCGAGAGCCUGCGGGUGGACACCAGCCUCCUGGGCUUCGAGCACAUGACCUGGCAGCGCGGCCGGAGGAGCUUCAUCUUCAAGGGCCAGGAAGCAGGAGCCUUGGUGAUGGAGGUGGACCAUGACCGGCAGGUGGUGCACACCGAGACGCUGGGGCUCGCCCUGCACGAGCCGGAAGCGCUGCUGGCCGCCAUGCGGCCCAGCGAAGAGCACGUGGCCAGCCGUCUCACCUCGCCUAUCGUCUCCACCCACCUGGACACUCGAAAUGUGGCCUUCGAGAGGAACAAAUGUGGUAUCUGGGGCUGGCGGUCUGAGAAGAUGGAAACCGUUAGCGGCUACGAGGCCAAGGUAUACAGUGCCACCAAUGUGGAGCUGGUGACACGCACUCGCACGGAGCACCUCUCUGACCAGGACAAGUCGAGGAGCAAAGGCGGGAAGACCCCGUUCCAGUCCUUCCUCGGCAUGGCCCAGCAGCACUCCUCUCACAGCGGGACUCCUGUGCAGCAGGCCGCCAGCCCCACCAACCCCACAGCCAUCUCCCCCAGUGAAUACUUCGACCCCAACUUCAGCCUGGAGUCUAGGAACAUCGGCCGCCCCAUUGAGAUGUCCAGCAAAGUUCAGAGGUUCAAGGCAACACUGUGGCUGAGCGAGGAGCACCCACUGUCCCUGGGUGACCAGGUGACGCCCAUCAUUGACCUGAUGGCUAUCAGCAACGCGCACUUUGCCAAGCUGCGUGACUUCAUCACCCUACGCCUCCCCCCCGGCUUCCCGGUCAAGAUUGAGAUCCCCCUUUUCCACGUGCUCAAUGCUCGCAUCACCUUCAGCAACCUGUGCGGCUGUGACGAGCCCCUGAGCUCGGUGUGGGUGCCGGCCCCCGGCUCUGGCUCUGGCUCUGCCGUCACAGCUUCAGGGAGCCCUUUCCCUUGUGAAGUGGACCCCGCCGUGUUUGAGGUGCCCGAGGGGUACAGCGUGCUGGGCACGGAGCGCAAUGAGCCCCUUCGCGACGAGGAUGAUGACCUGCUGCAGUUUGCCAUCCGGCAGAGCCUGCUGGAGGCAGGCGCGGAGGCGGAGCAGGUAACCGUCUGGGAAGCCCUGACCAACACCCGGCCCGGUGCCCACCCUCCUCCCCAGGCCACCGCUUACGAGGAGCAGCUGCAGCUGGAGCGGGCCCUCCAUGAAAGCCUGCGGAUGUCCACAGAGCCCAGCAGCCCAGAGUCCCCUCACAGGACACCCCCGGGCCCGGCCCCCCCAAGCUUUGAGGAGCAGCUUCGCCUGGCCCUGGAGCUGUCUUCGAGGGAGCAGGAGGAGCGGGAGCGGCGGGGGCAGCAGGAAGAGGAAGACUUCCAGAGGGUCCUGCGGCUCUCGCUCACGGAGCACUGAGCACCGAGCACCCAGCCCCUGGGAGGGUUGUCUGGUCUGCUCCUCCACCUGCUUUUGUAAUUUAUUUAUUUAUAAACUCUCUGCUGCUGAGCUGGGGGCCUGGAGCCCUGGGGAUGGUCUUGCAUUGGAGACCCAGGUGGAAAUAAAGAGACUUUCAGCA